AUGUCCGAGCAAGAGAAGAAGACGUUUGCACGCCAGCACGAGCUGCCGAAGCUCGCCGUGCCGACACUCGAGGAGUCGUGCAAAAAGUACCUUGUCAGCCUAGAGGCUCUCCAGACACCGGAGCAGCACGCACGCACCAAGUCGGUCGUCGAAUCUUUCCUUGAGAACGAGGGGCCGAAACUCCAGCAGGAACUUCUCGAUUAUGCAGAAUCCAAAAAAAGCUACAUCGAAGAGUUCUGGGACGAUAGCUACCUGCUCGGCAACGACAGUGUGGUCCUGAACCUGAACCCCUUUUUUAUCUUGGAUAGGGAUGAGCCGGACCCUGCGCGCGGCACGCAGCUGCGCCGCGCAGCCAACCUGACCCUCGCGAGCUUGUCGUUCAUUCACGACCUGCGCCACGAAACCCUCGAGCCAGACUCGUUCCGCGGAACGCCACUCGACAUGUUCCAGUACAGCCGCCUGUUUGGCAUGGCCCGUAUUCCCACGUCUCAGGGUUGCAAACUCCGCCUCUUUGCAGAGUCGCGCCAUAUGGUCGUCAUGCGCCGCGGCCAGUUUUACUGGUUCGAGGUCCUGGACCAGGAGAGCCGCCCGUUGCUGACUGAGCCCGAGCUCGUCGCGACGCUCAAGUCCAUCCUGCGCGACGCAGACCAGAUUGCGCCGGAGCAGCUGGGUAAGGAGUCGCUCGGUGUGCUCAGCACCGAAAAGCGCCGGACGUGGUACGCGGCGCGCGCCAAGCUCGAGGAGAACGAGCACAACCACAGAUGCAUGACGAUGAUCGACUCGGCGCUGUUUGUCCUGUGUCUGGACGACUACGCGCCUUCGGGAGUCGAGGAACUCACCAACAACAUGCUCUGUGGCUCAUACCGGCUCGAAGAGGGCAAGCAGGUGGGAACGUGCCUGAACCGCUGGUACGACAAGCUCCAGAUUAUCGUCUGUGCGAACGGCGCGGCAGGCGUCAACUUUGAGCACUCUUCUGCAGACGGUCACACGGUGCUGCGCUUUGUCGCCGACAUCUACACGGAGCUGAUUCUGCAAUUUGCCCGUUCUAUUCACCCCAACACCCGCAGCUUGUUCCAGGCAAAGACCUCGCCAUUCGCCCGCAGCGUGGCACGCAAAAACCCGACGCAGCGGAUCAGCGAGAACGUCCUGACCGAUGUCCUGGCGCGCACGACGCCGAAACGCCUCGAGUGGUCGUGGACGCCAGAGAUUCUGAGCAGUGUGCAGUAUGCUGAGAUGCGCCUGUCGGAUCUAAUUUGCCAAAACGAGUGCUUCGUCCUAGAGUUCAAGGGAUAUGGCAAGCGUUUCAUUACCAGCCACGGCUUCUCGCCCGAUGCAUUUGUCCAGAUGGCAUUCCAGGCGACGUACUACUCGCUGUAUGGCCGUGCACCACCGACGUAUGAGCCUGCGAUGACCAAGGCCUUUUUGCGUGGCCGCACCGAGACCAUCCGCACCGUCCAGCCGCACACGCUCGACUUUGUCAGGGCCUGGACUGAUCCCAAAGCCAAGAUGCAGACAAAGCUCACCGCGCUGCGUGCGGCCUGUGCUGGGCACACGAAACUAUCCAAGGACUGCGCCGCGGGCAAGGGCUUUGAUCGCCACUUUUACGCAAUGCUCGCCUUGUGGGAGAAGCAACACGGUGUCAAUGGCGAGACUAUGCCCGAGUUCUUUACCGACAAUGGCUACAAGACUCUGAGCCAUGUCGUUCUUUCUACGUCCAACUGCGGUAACCCUUCGCUGCGCAUUUUCGGCUUUGGUCCCGUGGUCCAGGACGGUUUCGGUAUCGGCUACAUUAUCCAGGACAACAAGCUGACGAUUUGUGCUUCUUCCAAGCACCUGCAAACCAAGCGCUUCCUCAAGGCGCUCGAGCAAUACCUCUAUGCGAUCCAGGGUGACAUUAUCACCGCAUACAAGGCGGCCAAUAUCCACCAAAACCAGACCUACGUGGACCACGCUGGCAACGAGUGUGAUGUUCGCACGGGCCUGCCGAUCAGCUCUCUUCUCCGCUCGCAGAACAAGGAGACGGAGAAGGAGGAGGUCGGUAACAGUGGAUACUCAUUCUAUGGUGAUGCAAAUGAUGCAUUCUCCAGCGAGCGCAUCCGCUACACGCCGCACGACAGUGUGGGCAAAAUGAUUUUUGUGAGUGAGUAUGAUUAA